GCCGGCGGGGGUCGGCACGGGAGCCCUGAGAGCCGCCCGGAUGCGCAGCCGAGCGGCCACUUGGCGCGCGGCAGCAGACGGGGCGAGCCGGCCCUCGGCGCGCGCUGGGGCCGGAAGGGGGCUCCUCAUUUCGGCCCCUCCCCUUUUCCCUCGGAGCCUCCGAGCUCUCCCGCUCUCAGACCCUCCUCCUCCCAGGUAUCCGCCGGGAGAGAAGAGCGCAUCUCUCCUCCAGGCACCCCACCAUGGGCAAUGCCUCCAAUGACUCCCUGCCCGAGGACUGCGAGACUCGACAGUGGCUCCCCUCGGGCGAAAGCCCGGCCAUCAGUUCCGUAAUGUUCGCGGCCGGGGUGCUGGGGAACCUCAUCGCACUGGCGCUGCUGGCGCGUCGCUGGCGGGGGGGCGCGGGGCGCAGCGGCGGCCGCAGGAACUCCCUCUCCUUGUUCCACGUACUGGUGACCGAGCUGGUGUUCACCGACCUGCUCGGGACCUGCCUCAUCAGCCCCGUGGUGCUGGCUUCGUACGCGCGGAACCAGACCCUGGUGGCACUGGCGCCCGAGAGACGCGCGUGCACCUACUUCGCUUUUGCCAUGACCUUUUUCAGCCUGGCCACGAUGCUCAUGCUCUUCGCCAUGGCACUGGAGCGCUACCUAUCCAUUGGGCACCCCUACUUCUACCAGCGCCGCGUCACGCGCCGAGGGGGCCUGGCCGUGCUGCCCGCCAUCUAUGCCGUCUCCCUGCUCUUUUGCUCCCUGCCGCUGCUGGACUACGGGCAGUACGUCCAGUACUGCCCCGGGACGUGGUGCUUCAUCCGGCACGGGGGCACCGCUUACCCGCAGCUUUAUGCCACCGUGCUGCUGCUCCUCAUCGUCGCGGUGCUCGCCUGCAACUUCAGCGUCAUCCUCAACCUCAUCCGCAUGCACCGCCGAGGCAGGAGAAGCCGCUGUGGACCCUCCUCGGGCAGCAGCUGGGGCGGUUCCGGGGCCCGCAGGAGAGGGGAAAGGGUGUCCAUGGCAGAGGAGACGGACCACCUCAUUCUCCUGGCCAUUAUGACCAUCACCUUCGCCAUCUGCUCCUUGCCUUUCACGAUUUUUGCAUAUAUGAAUGAAACCUCUUCCCGAAAGGAAAAGUGGGACCUUCAAGCUCUUAGAUUUUUAUCAGUUAAUUCAAUAAUUGACCCUUGGGUCUUUGCCAUCCUUAGGCCUCCUGUUCUGAGACUAAUGCGUUCAGUCCUCUGUUGUCGGACUUCAUUAAGAACACAAGAUGCAACACAGACUUCCUGUUCUACACAGUCAAAUGCCAGUAAACAGGAUGACCUUUGUGGACAGUAGUUAAAAAGUGCUUAGUUAUUAAACAUCUGGAAGAUCAAUUUGAAAUGGUUCCUUAGAGAAAUGAAAACAGUUAGUGUGUAAACAAAAUGAAGCUACUCUAAUAAAAAGGAGUAAACAAACAUUUAAGCAGGGUCACGGCUACAGACGUGCUGACAAGACACUUCAUGGCAGGUGUCAGAAGGAUCUAUAAACUCUCCCCUCAAUGAACAUGUUACUUGGCCUUUAGAGGAACAAUCAGCUGCAUUUAAGAUCCAGUUGCCUUUUGAUUUAUGCUUUUCUGUUGAAUGACAAAGCAUGUGGUUUUGUAAUUUGUUUAAAACCCUAAAUGGUUACUGUCUUUUGUAUUUUAAUCUUCUAUGCUACUACUGUUAUAAACAUACCGUGCACAGACUAGAUAAAAUUUCAUAUGCAUUCUCUAGGAAGUAGAUAUGUGGAAGCAACCAAACCUUCUGUCUUAUGAUUUCUUAACGAACCCUUUAUUUGGAUAAUGAAGUUGAAAAUCAUAGGCACCUUUUACUAUAAUGUUUGUGUAUGUGGGAGUAUUCUCAUCACUACAGUAUUACUUUUACUUAGAAGAGUGGACUCGAAUAAUGUUGGCUUUGUUCAUUCGUCCUCCUGGAGUUACGUAUCAAAUUGUUAGAUUAUUUAUUUUACAAUGUCCAUUACGCUAAUAGUAAUCAAGACUUUAGAAAUUUUCCUCUUAACAAGAAAUAAUAGAAAGGUUUCAAGACAGUCAAUUCUGAUUAAUACUCUUUAUUCUACUUCCAAGGGAGAAUAUAUGUGGCUGUGUCUGAAGCCAUAUAUUAGGAUUAAAAACUGAAAAAUCUGGUUCAUUCUUCAGAUAUACUAGAACUCGUUUAAUGUUGAUACUGGGGCCAUGAGUAACAUACACUUUGUAAGAUGACUGUGUUGUAGUAAAAUUCAUCUGUCUAUAUUUAGGGAACAUGGUUUGACUCAUAUAGGAAAUCAUGUAACAGUGAGUCAUAUCUUAAUAUAUUUCUAAAUGUUUGGCAUAGUGUGAACUCAGCAUCAAAUAUUUCAGUGAAUUUGCACUGUUUAAUCAUACUUACUGUGUCAACUCAACUGAAAUGUUACAGAAAUAAACUAUAAAACAAAAAUUUGAAAA